AUGCCCUCCGGAGAGCGGCGACCCGCGGAGCUCGGCGGGACGACGGGGACCAAGGGCACCCCGGGCACGGAGUCCUUCGUAACUCAGAUUUACUUCACCCUGAACUACUGCUCGUGGAGGAAGACUUGCUGCUUUGCGCUGAAGCGAAAGCAAUGGGGCGCUGGCAGCCGACGGAUGCUCUCGGGCCCGCAGAAGGAGGAUGCUGUGGGGAGAGACUCCAGCUCCGCAAAGGAAUCUCUGGCAUCACAAAAUGCAAACCUGGCUUCAUCCAGGGUCAUCUCACGGAUGACUGAUAAGUCCAAAGGAAAUGGGUCUGCUUUGCCAGCGGGCAUGGGUGCUGAUCCGACCCAGCAGCCUGUGGCUGAUCCCGCUCCAGUCAACGUUCACAGCACGUCCAUGUGGCUUCCCAGCCUGUCGGGAACUCGAGCAUCUUUGGAUGCUCAUCCAGAUUCUCAUCCAGAUUCUCGUGUCACGGAGGAAGACCAGUGCCCAAAGCAACCAAGAGGGUUCGCCUCUAUAACCGUUACUGCUCGGCGAGUUGGUGGCCCUGUGGCCAGCAAGGCCGGACCUGUUCCCCGCAGAACUCCUCUUCCAAGCCAAGGGUCUCCUGCAAACCUCAGCACCACCAGCUUGAAGGUUUCUGAACUGUGCUCAGGGUUACGCGAUGAAUCUCAAGACCGGCUCUUAGAUGCUGCAAAUGAGGAGACCAGCGUGGUCCUUCGAGGCAGCGGUCGGAGAGAGGCAGCAGCGCUGUCGUUCACCUCAUGCGUUCACCUCCAGCUUUCCCAGCAGUGUCCAAAUACUAUCUAUUACCUAGACAAGUCUCUCCAUGUGUGCAUUGACCAACCUCGAAUUAAACACCAAAAAGUUCAUAGAUCAGAGCUAUCCUUCCGUAUAAAUUGCAGUUCGUCCAGAUUAACAGCAGAUGGAGUAGAUGGCAUAGCUAAUGGAGAGCCAUUAGCGGAGACACUGAAGUCAAAGCUCCUAGGAGAAAACAAGACUCCACUUAGAGCAAGCUGGAGCGCAGACCUAAUACAAAAUAAUGUAAUUAAAAAACAGACAACAGACGAGGGCUAUUUGGGUACUAAACACCCUUCAAAAAGUGCCUGUCCCCCUCAACUCCCAGCAGUUGUGGAUAUGCCCAAAGGACCUAAUAAUGUAAUGGUAAUAAAGAAAGAAGAUAAUAAACAGCCUGGCAGCAACCGCACGACGCUUUCUAUCCGGCUCCCUCGCCCAAGUUACGAGGCAG